AAGAUUUCCUGAAUUAUUUAUAUUGCUCUGAAAACGUGGAAAUUUCAUUUGCUUAGGCAUCAAAAGAAGAAACACAUUUUAUAAGAAUUGAAAGUGAACGGUGCAUACUUUAUUAACGAACAUAUUGAAACAUUUGUGUCGUGUGCAGUGAGACGAUAAUCUAUUUACAGGUGCCUGGCAAGUGAAGCAGACGACAUCUUUCACCAAUGGUCCCAUAUAGUUUCAGAUGCUUAUCAGUCAUGUAAGGGCACGUGGGCUGUAUCAUAGCCCGCAAGUCUCAUCUGAAGCUGUGAUAGCGAACGGAUUAGAAGGUGGCACUGACAGAUAUUAGGUGGACAGCACACAAAACAAUAGGCGAAGCAGACGACAAUGUUAGGUGGACAGCACACAAAACAAUAGGCGAAGCAGACGACAAGAACUAUUAUGAUUAUUCCUCCGAUGUUCUCCCUCUAUGGUAUAAUCUGAAUAUCUGUUUGAAAGGAGCAGUUGUAUCUCCGAGCCCACUUAUGUAACACCGUGUCAUUUCUCAGAUCAAUGUUUGCGCUGAUUGCAGGUGGUUUGUUCUCUUCGGAUAGCCAACGGAUCAACAACAUGUCCCCUGGUGAGACAUAUUCCGAGUUUUACAUCGUAAACACAUGGCAUCAUUCUGGUGAAUAGAAGAACUCUUAAUAUAAUGGCGAUGUUGCCAAGACACACGAGGUUCGCUCACAGCAAUAUGUGGAAUUGAUUAAAUGAGCAAAAUGAUGGCUUCUAUACAGUGAUUAAGCUUGGCAAGCAAAUGGCCCUGCACAAUUUUCAUUGCAGAUCUCCUUGAAAUUCACUCAGGUAUGAAUAUAAGUUUAAUAAAGUCAUAUAUUUUCGAUACUGCCGUUGAUUGAAUGGUGUGUUUCGCGUUCGCGUUUAGAUAAUCUCUUGAGCGUCGUUAUACCAUCAUUGUCAACAGCUCACACAAGCCUAGGGGGCUUUACUCAGCAGUCUUCCGCAUAAGCUGCACUUUUCCAGUGGUGGUAAUGAUGGACGUCUCUGAUUGACCGCUGUCUAUCCGGUUGUGGAUAUCUGUCAGCAAUACAUAUUACUGGGUCAUUAGUGUGUUGUGUAUUGAACUGUCGAGUACCCAGCAGCUUGCUAUAAGGUGAUACUUGUGUGCCGGUGCUCUUUGGGAUGUAAAUUCUCGUUCAUUAAGUGACUGACCAUAUACGUGAAAUGAUGUUGUUCCGUGGUCGUUCGGUUUUCACCACUGCGCGGUAGGGAUGUAAACGAUUUUCAAACAUGUGAAUAUCAUAUUCUGGCGUUAAGCGGUCACUGAAAACAAAAAAAACAAAAAACACAGUUAUACUUACGAAAGGAAUACAAUGACAGUUUCUUUAGAUUCCAUGGGAAUUCUAUAGAACAUACGUUGUUUAGUUUUUAUAUACAUUGAAGCCGACACGUGCUCUAUAUACUUGGGAAAUAUUCUCUGCGUCUAGUCUUCUGGAUGAUUGUUUUAGUUAUUUGACCGCUGGUCAUUCAGUAUGAAACACCCUGAUAAAACCCAGGCAAUGCUUCUCGAGAACUUACGGAUAAUAUCCGAGCACAGGAGGAGGUCCCUGGCGAUCAAUGAAAAUUACAGGAGAAUGUCCACAGCUGUUGUAUCGCCGCCAGGACACUCCAACUCGGGGUCCGGGCAGGGUCGAGACAGUGAUGCUGGACAUUUAAGUUUAUCAUCCUCGCGAGGAGCUGCGCUACGACAGCAAGAAAAACGCAAACGUGACUCGGUAGGAAGUAGCGAGAAAUCCACACCUAAAGACUCCGCUACUACUCGUAAGCUACGGGAGGGCAGUAGUAGACAGGAGGUAAAAAUAGCACCCAACCCUGUUACCACAACCGCUGCACUUCCAGUUUAUCCGCUAGGCGUUUCAAACACUACCUUUGAGAAUGUAUCCUCGCUAGCUCAACCCACAGUAACUAUGGGAGUUCCGGGGGAGGUAGAACUACAACACUCUCAGCCACAGUUUAACGCACGUUAUUAUUCUACGGAGCUGAAUGGAUCUACACCGGAUUUUAAUGGAAUUAUUCGAAGCAAACAAGUUAUGAAACGGGUAAUUUUAAACGUGGGUGGGGUGAAACAUGAGGUGAUGUGGCGGACACUGGACCGUAUGCCCCAUACCCGACUGGGCAAGUUACGGUCCUGUAAUACCCCAGAAAGUCUCCUGGAAAUAUGUGACGACUACUCUUUGGCAGAAAACGAGUACUUUUUCGAUCGACACCCCAGAUCUUUUGCUUCCAUUUUAAACUUCUACCGUACGGGUAAACUUCAUUUAGUGGAAGAAAUGUGUGUGUUAUCCUUCAGUGAAGACUUGGAGUAUUGGGGAGUUGACGAAUUGUAUCUAGAGUCGUGUUGUCAACAUAAAUACCACCAGAAAAAGGAGCAUGUUUAUGAGGAAAUUCGAAAGGAGGCUGAAAGUCUUCGCCAAAGGGACGAGGAGGACUUUGGUACGGGGUCUCUGGCUAAAUGGCGUCAGAAAAUAUGGGAUUUAUUAGAAAAACCAACCACGUCUAUGGCUGCAAGGGUCGUGGCCAUAGUAUCUAUCCUGUUCAUCGUGCUGUCCACUAUCGCCCUUACUUUAAACACUAUACCCAGUUUCCAGGAGGCCAAUGGCGACAACGAAAAGUUAGCUUUGAUCGAAGCCGUGUGUAUAGGGUGGUUUUCUCUUGAGUACCUUGCAAGAUUUUGGGCGUCACCAAACAAAUGGAAAUUUUUCAAAGGACCGUUAAACAUUAUUGACUUGCUAGCAAUUAUGCCAUAUUUUAUCAGUUUGGGUUUGACGGAAACGAACAGGCACACAACCGAGCAGUUUCAAAACGUUCGCAGAGUGGUGCAAAUAUUCAGAAUAAUGAGAAUCCUAAGAAUUUUGAAGUUAGCGAGGCACUCUACCGGACUGCAGUCUUUAGGCUACACACUACAAAGAAGUUAUAAAGAGCUGGGCCUUUUACUUAUGUUUUUAGCUAUUUCUAUAUUAUUGUUUUCAAGUUUGGCAUAUUUUGCGGAGAAAGACGUAGAAAAAACAAAAUUUAUUAGCAUACCAGAAACGUUUUGGUGGGCAGCUAUUACUAUGACGACUGUCGGGUAUGGUGACAUAUUCCCCACCACGGUGCCGGGGAAGAUAGUAGGCAGUGUGUGUUGUAUAUGUGGCGUGCUAGUUAUUGCGCUCCCAAUCCCCAUUAUAGUGAACAAUUUUGCUGAGUUUUAUAAAGAUCAGAUGCGACGCGAAAAAGCGUUGAAGCGACGAGAUGCUCUAGAAAGGGCCAAGAGGACCGGCAGUAUAGUAUCAUUCCAUUCUGUCAACCUCCGUGAUGCAUUCGCCCGGAGUGUUGACAUGUUGGAGGUUAGCGUGACAAACAACAGACGUACGGGGGACAGUUGUGACAGUGAGGAUAGUAAAGGCACUAGUCCCCCUCCCUGCGUCAGUAAGACUUUGGAGGAGUGUAAAUCCUCAAAUGAGACGGAACACAGUGAUUCUACCAGUCUUCCAGGUUUAUCCAAUCCCAGUAAUGCUAAACUCCUCAACGACGAUGACUCCAUCGGGAGAAUGACGUCAUCACAACCAGCUCUUAAUUCCAGUCAACAGGGCAAAUUUGAAUAUCAACCCACCGCUGAAUGUACUUCUGCACGUGCUCGGUGCACAAUAGAGAUGAAAACGCUUGUUCGACAGAGCAGCAAUACAAGCACAGACACUUAUAAUAGUUGCAUGACCCAUCCACCUAUGAGUCCUUGCGGUAGGGGAGUUCCGGUUCCGGUCUACUCCAACCUUCACGUCAAUCCGCAGAAGUCCUCGCCGGAAGUCUGUGCAUGUUGUACUUCUUCGGAUAUGAAUGAUCUAACGGGGUUAUCCACCCCUGAUGAUAUUUCCUUACUUUCUGAUAAAGUCUUAAACGAUAAACCUUCUGGUCAAAUCAUUCAAAAAUUAGAUGGGAGAUUUACUACCACUUGGCAAAGAGUCAAUUCUCCCCAACAUGUCUUACAGCCGGAAGUGGAUGACGGAUUCGCCAUGCGCCGGAAUAUUGAACCACAACGGCAACAUCGAGCCAGCCUAAAAAGACACAAAUCCGAGUCGAGUGAGCGACACCCACAGUUUAGUGAUAUCAAAGAAAGAUCAUACAUGUCUUUUGAUAAUCUUCAUGUGGACGGUUCUACAAAGUCAAAAAGUGCAAAAUUCCGAAAAGCAGUUUCCUUGGCAACAAGACUACAUUCCAGCCCAUCUACUGGACGGAAACUAGCCAACUAUCACCUCAUCGCUAACCCGCAAUCAGAGGGCUUCGUCACCCCCGUCAUAUCUCCAUGCGGUUUACGAAAAGUCACAGCCCACUCCAGCCCCUCUCUUGUAGAUCCUCCUCCUUCAAAGAAGAAAUCUAUUUUGAAAAAAGACAUCAAUGAUGCAGAAGACACAGAAAAUCUAUUAUCGCCCCAUGCACGUGAUCAGGAUCUUACUCCUAGUGGGAGGCACGCGUUUGAUGAUAUAUCCUGUUUAAGACAUGAUGUGUAUCAGGGAUACAUCCCGAAUACACGUGAUACAGGCGUGAUGUCUCGGGGUGUGUAUAGUGACGAAAAUCUACCUCCAAAUCGUGUGUAUACGUCAUCAGAGUGUGUGCUCCCGCAGAUACAUCCUCCAGUAUACUCACCACAAGACAAUUUCGAUGACUUGAGUUUUGCGGAUAUGCACGACCGAAUUGAAGAAGACAUUGACUUCAGUGAUAGUGUAGGAACCCCUAAUAAAAUGAAUAUUUGGAAGCAAAGUCAGUGUCAGAAUGUCCCAUGGCAAAACGAUACAAGCCCUUCUGAUAACUUCGACAUCGAGGAAAGUUUACUGAGCUCGAAUUCUAUAGGUCGAUCACAAUCAGAUGCUAGUCUUUCGUCUCCGAAUCUGCUGCGGUUGUCUCCCCUUCACUAUUCUGAUUUGUUUGACAUGAAAAGCGGAAAUGAUCAGUUCUAUCAUGAAUAUGGUAAUGACGACGGGUCAGAGAAGGAUGAACAGAAAGGUAUGCAAAUAGACUCUUUAAUGAACAACGUAAACACUCGACAAUCAUCAGAUGGGAUAUCGGAUCCUUACACCUCACCCGAGGCCAGCGGAUGAGACAGGUCAACGCUACAGUGACCCUGCUGAUUAACAUUGGCUUGUUAUUCGGAACAUAUAUGAUAUGGCUUCCAUUUAUUGUAAUUAAAACGAACGUGCGUGAUACUGUCAAAAACAAUGCAGAUGUGACCACACGUGGUGAUGUUUUGAAGCAUAGGUGACAGACACAUCACGUGACUAAGUUAUAAAAAAUCAAUUGUUAGUGCGUAUCUUAUAGCAUAUAUAGAUACUGAUUAUUAAUUCUGACGUCCAUUUGCCACUGACGUCAUUGUGCUCAAUACUUAUUUCCAUCAACAGUUGUGAAUAUUAUUCGUUCGUUAGUUUAUUCUUGUUCGGCGGGCUACCUGGAAACGUACAUGAGUGCUGUGUUCUGGACCAUCCUCUGAUUCUGACACGUGUUACUAUGGUUACUCCUCAUUGUUAUCCCUGUGAUAUGAAAGUGUGUUUUCUUCGUUACAAUAUUUUUCACUAGUGAUGGUUAUAAUUCUGUUUACAUCAUCAACUGUUCUAUACUAGUUUUAUAUACAUUACAGCAGCCUUCUCUGUCCAGUUGUAUAAAGUAUUAUAUACACUACAGCUGUAAGUCUGCUGUAACCAGUUGUAUAUAUAGUAUUAUAUACACUACAGUUGUAACCAGUUGUAUAUAUAGUAUUAUAUACACUACAGCUGUAAGUCUGCUGUAACCAGUUGUAUAUAUAGUAUUAUAUACACUACAGCUGUAACCAGUUGUAUAUAUAGUAUUAUAUACACUACAGCUGUAAGUCUGCUGUAACCAGUUGUAUAUAUAGUAUUAUAUACACUACAGCUGUAAGUCUGCUGUAACCAGUUGUAUAUAUAGUAUUAUAUACACUACAGCUGUAAGUCUGCUGUAACCAGUUGUAUAUAUAGUACUAUAUACACUACAGCUGUAAGUCUGCUGUAACCAGUUGUAUAUAUAAUACUAUAUACACUACAGCUGUAAGUCUGCUGUAAACCAGUUGAAUAUGUAGUACUAUAUACACUACAGCUGUAAGUCUGCUGUAACCAGUUGUAUAUAUAGUAUUAUAUACACUACAGCUGUAAGUCUGCUGUAACCAGUUGUAUAUAUAGUAUUAUAUACACUACAGCUGUAAGUCUGCUGUAACCAGUUGAAUAUGUAGUAUUAUAUACACUACAGCUGUAAGUCUGCUGUAACCAGUUGGAUUUUAUGCACAUGAAUCUGGUGUUCGUUGUUAACCCCUAUAGAAUUGUUGGUGAACACCGAACUCUUGCCUCGACUGUUAUUUUCAGACAUAUUCAGUAUGCCUAUCACUGCCACUAACCAUUCUGAAACACCGCUAUCAUGGAACAUCAAACUUGGUUGUUCAUUGUUCAAUCAAAAUUUCAGUCAUGAAAUAGAUUGAUAUAUUUAUUCUUAUUUAUGUAUCUAUUCCAAAUUUCCUAUUUUACGUCUAGUGUAACAUAUCAUUAUUUUGUCCAAAGAAAUUAAGGUUAUAGAACUUUUUGUCUUUUUAUUAAAAAUAUUGAAGUUGAUUAUUUUGUAUGGAUUUUCUGUUGCAGGGUAACUGUUCAUACUGUAUUAAAGUUUGUCAAUAAAACACAAAAUUGUAUAGUUAUUAUAUAGAUAUUCUGUAUCAAAUCUAUAUAACUAUGUAACUUCUAUAUAACUGAUACACAGGUAGAUGUAGAUAGGUCGUCUAUAAGUAAAACAAAACUGGAAUGAAUGUUAAUCAUGUAUGAAAGUUUAUUUAUUUUCACCGGUAUAUGCAGAGUGUGUUGUUUGAGUUAAAGUUGUGUAAAUAUUUUAUAUAUGGCUGUACCAAUGACAGCUACACCCCAACAUUUCUGUGAUAGAAUUGUGAUAAGGUAUACUACAAACUACUACGUCGCUAUUUACGUGUUGUUCACUGCUGUCAUUGGAGGGAGAAACAGGUUCUUCUAUUUCUCACCGUCGAACUAAUCAGUAAUUCAAUACCGACGAGAGGCUAUGACACAGAUAAUCUAAUAGAUGUUCGUGAUAAGGGCUUACCUUAUCACAGGUGGCUGUUCAUGAUAAGUAGGACUUACCUUAUCACAGGGAGCUGUUCGUGAUAGGGAGGGUUUACCUUAUCACAGGGAGCUGUUCGUGAUAAGGAGGGCUUACCUUAUCACAGGGAGCUGUUCAUGAUAAGGAGGGCUUACCUUAUCACAGGGAGCUGUUCAUGAUAAGGAGGGCUUACCUUAUCACAGGGAGCUGUUCGUGAUAAGGAGGGCUUACCUUAUCACAGGGAGCUGUUAGUGAUAAGGAGGGCUUACCUUAUCACAGGGAGCUGUUGUUCAUGAUGAGGAGGGCUUACCUUAUCACAGGGAGCUGUUCGUGAUAAGGAGGGUUUACCUUAUCACAGGGAGCUGUUCGUGAUAAGGAGGGCUUACCUUAUCACAGGGAGCUGUUCGUCAUGAUAAGGAGGGCUUACCUUAUCACAGGGAGCUGUUAGUGAUAAGGAGGGCUUACCUUAUCACAGGGAGCUGUUAGUGAUAAGGAGGGCUUACCUUAUCACAGGGAGCUGUUAGUGAUAAGGAGGGCUUACCUUAUCACAGGGAGCUGUUCGUGAUAAGGAGGGCUUACCUUAUCACAGGGAGCUGUUAGUGAUAAGGAGGGCUUACCUUAUCACAGGGAGCUGUUCAUGAUAAGGAGGGCUUACCUUAUCACAGGGAGCUGUUCAUGAUAAGGAGGGCUUACCUUAUCACAGGGAGCUGUUAGUGAUAAGGAGGGCUUACCUUAUCACAGGGAGCUGUUCGUGAUAAGGAGGGCUUACCUUAUCACAGGGAGCUGUUCGUGAUAAGGAGGGCUUACCUUAUCACAGGGAGCUGUUCGUGAUAAGGAGGGCUUACCUUAUCACAGGGAGCUGUUCGUGAUAAGGAGGGCUUACCUUAUCACAGGGAGCUGUUAGUGAUAAGGAGGGCUUACCUUAUCACAGGGAGCUGUAGAUGUUCGUUACCAGGAAAGCUAAUUUGAAUUAAAUGCCUGAUGUAAUAAAUACUUAAUCGAGAAAAUAAUGAUCUGCCUGAUAUGACAUGGAGUACGUAUUUUAAUAUUUUGGCUGAUAAUUGUGAUCAAUUCCACUUCUUUUUACAAAGUUUUUGUGUCAUGAAAUCCGGGAUCGUUUUGUAUGCAAAUAUUAACGAACAUAAAAGACAUAACGUUGAAUAUUUGUGUCUUGCCACCAUAAAUCUAUAUCAUGUAUGUGAUCACAUAAUAGGACGAUACAAAACCACGUACAAACGUAGAUAUUAUCUGCAUGUUAACAUCACGGGAUGCUGUGUAAUACAUACAGAUAUGUUUCUAGUAAAUGCAUACUUUUAUCACGUGAUUUCUGAGGUAACACUUUCGCAGAUUACAUUGUGACGUCACUUUUGUCGACUGCGACUCGCUAAUGGAAACUGACGUCAUAUAUGUAAGGUUUGUAUGUUGAUAUCUCGAGAUUUAUAGAUACACGUAAUAUAUGUAUCACUUAUAUAUAUAUAUAUAUUACUGCUUACAUGCUGACAACACGUGAUGUUUCAUACAUUGUAUAUAUAAAUAUAUAUAUAUAUAUAUAAGUUGUAUUUUUCACGUGCAAGUUAUGAUAUCAAGCGAGUUUUACAUCAGAGAAAAUAAGAAGUACUGUUCCUAUACACCUAUAUAUGUUGAGGUAAGAUAGAUAUCGGGGCCUCUAGUACUGAUCUCACACACACCUGUACAUGUUGAGAUAAGAUAGAUAUCGGGGCCUCUAGUACUGAUCUCACACACACCUGUACAUGUUGAGAUAAGGUAGAUGUCGGGGCCUCUAGUACUGAUGCCCACACACCUAUACAUGUUGAGAUAAGAUAGAUGUCGUGGCCUCUAGUACUGAUCCCCACACACCUAUACAUGUUGAGAUAAGAUAGAUGUCGGGACCUCUAGUACUGAUCCCCACACACCUAUACAUGUUGAGAUAAGAUGGAUAUCGGGGCCUCUAGUACUGAUCCCCACACAACUAUACAUGUUGAGAUAAGAUAGUUGUCGGGGCCUCUAGUACUGAUCCCCACACAACUAUACAUGUUGAGAUAAAAUAGAUAUCGGGGCCUCUAGUACUGAUCCCCACACACCUAUACAUGUUGAGAUAAGAUGGAUGUCGGGGCCUCUAGUACUGAUGCCCACACACACCUAUACCUGUUGAGAUAAGAUGGAUGUCGGGACCUCUAGUACUGAUCCCCACACACCUAUACAUGUUGAGAUAAGAUAGAUAUCGGGGCCUCUAGUACUGAUCCCCACACAACUAUACAUGUUGAGAUAAGAUAGUUGUCGGGGCCUCUAGUACUGAUCCCCACACAAAUAUACAUGUUGAGAUAAGAUGGAUGUCGGGGCCUCUAGUACUGAUGCCCACACACACCUAUACAUGUUGAGAUAAGAUAGAUGUCGGGACCUCUAGUACUGAUCCCCACACACACCUAUACAUGUUGUGAUAAGAAGGAUGUCGGGGCCUCUAGUACUUAUCCCACACACACCUAUACAUGUUGAGGUAAGAUAGAUAUCGGGGCCUCUAGUACUGAUCUCACACACACCUGUACAUGUUGAGAUAAGAUAGAUGUCGGGGCCUCUAGUACUGAUCCCCACACACCUAUACAUGUUGAGAUAAGAUGGAUGUCGGGGCCUCUAGUACUGAUCCCCACACACCUAUACAUGUUGAGAUAAGAUAGAUGUCGGGGCCUCUAGUACUGAUCCCCACACAACUAUACAUGUUGAGAUAAGAUAGUUGUCGGGGCCUCUAGUACUGAUCCCCACACACCUAUACAUGUUGAGAUAAGAUAGUUGUCGGGGCCUCUAGUACUGAUCCCCACACACCUAUACAUGUUGAGAUAAGAUGGAUGUCGGGGCCUCUAGUACUGAUGCCCACACACACAUAUACAUGUUGAGAUAAGAUAGAUGUCGGGACCUCUAGUACUGAUCUCGCACACACCUAUACAUGUUGAGAUAAGAUAGAUGUCGGGGCCUCUAGUACUGAUCCACCACAACUAUACAUGUUGAGAUAAGAUAGAUGUCGGGGCCUCUAGUACUGAUCCCCAAACAUCUAUACAUAUUGAGAUAAGAUAGAUGUCGGGGCCUCUAGUACUGAUCCCCACACACACCUAUACAUGUAGAGAUAAGAUAGAUGUCGGGGCCUCUAGUACUGAUCCCCACACACACCUAUACAUGUAGAGAUAAGAUAGAUGUCGGGGCCUCUAGUACUGAUCUCACACACACCUAUACAUAUUAAUAGGAGAUAGAUGUCGGGGCCUCUAGUACUGAUCCCCACACACACCUAUACAUGUUGAGAUAAGAUAGAUGUCGGGGCCUCUAGUACUGAUCUCGCACACACCUAUACAUGUUGAGAUAAGAUAGAUGUCGGGGCCUCUGGUACUGAUCCCCACACACACCUAUACAUGUUGAGGUAAGAUAGAUGUCGGGGCCUCUAGUACUGAUCCCCACACACACCUAUACAUGUUGAGGUAAGAUAGAUGUCGGGGCCUCUAGUACUGAUCCCCACACACAUCUAUACAUGUUGAGAUAAGAUAGAUGUCGGGGCCUCUAGUACUGAUCCCCACACACACCACCUCUCCACAUAAAAUUGUGUUAAGUUUAAUUCAAAGACAUAAACACAUGUAAGGAAUUGAAUCCAGAAAGUAGAAUUAUAAAUUGCCAAAUUUAUAUAAUUAAGAUAUUGCCGGUAUAUGUGCAUUUUGCACAUGUAAGAUGUUUAAAAUUAAGUUAAAAUUUGCCGGUUAUAACUCGUUUUCGCCAUUUAGGCAGUUGAAUGGCCGCACAUAAUGACGUCAAAUUCCAUUUAUAGAACUCUAGCGUAACUUAGUAGUUGAAAGUGUUUAGUUAGAACUUGCUACCAUUAUACAGAGGUGUGUUUUGUUGUUAGAAGAAGAAACCAACUUUUGGUUAACGACGGAAUGAAGCCCUCUUACAGGUUACAUGUAUGUUUAUGAAUCAAUGAUCUUAGAAAUGGACGUUUGUCAUAACUAUUUAUCGAGUGAAUAUAAUGUAAGGGAGACUGGGUUCUAUUUAGUUAUAGAUUGGAGACCUACAUUUACCGGUUUGACCUCAGGACGUUAUGGAGUUAAAUGGGUAGACGACUUCAGGCAAUACGGAAAAUCGAAUCGUGGGGAUUUAUCUCUUAAUGUUACAGCGACACGAAAUAUUUUGUUUGUGUGGUGUAGAGGUGAGAAAGUCUUAUUUACAAAGUUGAGAGCCUGUUAUAGAGAAAUCGGUUUGUUUUGAUACGUGUUAAUUUUUUAGUCAUCAAAACCAUAUAGAAUUAGGAUGAAAGGCGUUACCAUUUUUACGUUUGGCUUCUUUUUACUGUUUUCAUAGAGUAGCUGAAAAGAACCGUUUAUUUUAACAACAGUGAAUAUCAUUCAUAUAAAUACCCUAGUAAAACAUAGACACGUACAAAUUUCACAUUUAUAUAAUAAUCAUGUUACCUGUACUAGGAUAAAGAUAAAUACAUACAACAGUAACCAUGGAUACGAAAUUUUCAUCUGUAGGUUCUAAAGUAUUACGGACAGAUGUCGUGUGCUGAUUAGUAGUCAUAAAAUUAAUUGACAUGCGUAGAUAGUAAUUUUCCUUAACUGAGUGUGUGCCAUGUUACAAUGAUGAACCAUUGAGAAUAUAUAUCUAUUUGAUCAAUCCUUCAUACUUACAACAUUGCAUUACCUAUAUCAUGGCCGUGUGUAUUAUAUAUAUGUACAAAUUUUCACAUGUAAAAUACCCGUAUGCAAACCUUUAAGAACGUCCCAGCGUUCAGUGUGGCAUACCUUCCAUUUAUCAUGGAGUAUGUAGUGGACGUGAAAUCUGACUAGAUGAUUCCGUGAGGAGCUUACUUAAGUUUAUGUAUAUAUAGUGAGAAUCUUGUUACCUAGCUUAACAAAAUUGCUUGUCAGUUUAUUGAAAUUUGUUUCAUUUAAAAAGUUUCACUAUUUCAUAUGCAUUGUUUAAAAUAAAGGUUUUAAUCCAGUUUGAUUAAAUGUUA